UCCGGCGCCCGGCAGGGCUCACCAGUUUCUGGCUUUUCACCGAUUUCCCUUUCCCAGCUCCUGCUCCUCCAGAGCUCUGGGCUCUUGCUGCAGCCCCUGGCCUGGGCUCCCCCUCUUCUGCACACAGCUGAGCCCAGAAGGCUCUUGGGGAUCGCUCUCUUUCUGGGGCCCUGGCCGGCCUUGAGGUCUGAGGCGCAAGGCUGGUUCCGACCUGCUCCUUCCUGGAGUCUUGUGCUCAGGGGAAUGUGUGUCCCAGCUGGCCCUCCAAGCCGGAGAAAUGGGUGUGAGGCUGUGUCUUCUUUCACUCCUCUCCUACGCUCCACCCUGGGCCCUGGCUCAAGGGGAGGAGGGAGGGAUGGAGAGAAAGAACGCCUAAGCUCCCUGUGGCUCAGUUUCCCCAUCUUGACACGAACAGAGCGUUCUCAAAGUUGCUGUGAGAGCGCACGUGUUGAACACCUGGCGCAAAGUGCUUGCCAACAGCCUGCCUGGCCUCUCUCUGUGCGUGGCUUCAGGCGCGGCCGGAGCUGUGAAGGGGUUGGUGAUGACAGGCCCCUUUCCCAGGUGUAACCCUGUGUCUGAUUCUCCCUAAGAGCUGCCGAGGGGGUGAGUGAAACCAGGGCUGAAGAGGCAGGCAUUCCAAGGCCUCCCCUGCAAAGGGACCUCCCAGCCUGGUGGUUCCAUCCUGUCUCUGCAGAUGUGUGGCUGGCCGGUGGCCUCCGAGUGGGGACAGCGAUAAUCCCCAGGAGGUCUGGAUCUCACUCAUUCCGCCCUGGCCUCUGUGUGACCUGGAUGCCUGCCUUCCCUUCUGAACUGGGAGGAGCCUGCGUGGAGGAGGGCUGUCUUCCUCUCUCCUCCCUCCAAGUGCUCCCAGCUGGCGGGUCGCAGCAGGAGCCCCCAAAACAAAGCCAAGAGAUAAGUGCCUAUUUGGGGGAAUAUCUGCCUCUCUACCUCCCUGGGCAGGAAGGCUGGAGAAUGGCAUCUUUGUGCACGGAAUAAGCCGUAGAGCGGGGCAGGGCCCAGGCCGCCCACCCACCCUGGUGUGGCAGCCUCUGCCUGCUGUGAACCUCCGGGUCACCCGGCAGCUUCUCCGGGGUUGCUUUGCGCACGGGGCUGUGAGAAGCAAGGCAGAGUGGCUGCCUCUUGGGCUUCCCAGCAGGGCCUUUAGGUGUUGGGGUGCGGGUCGCUGCUCCACCAUCCCUAGGCUGGAACUCUCCUUAUCCGGUGAAAACGCUUGCUGUUCCUUGACCCCAGAGAAUGGGCAGAGGAGUUGGGGACCCCAGAGGACAGGCAGGAUCUCAUCGGGAAGCUGGGGAACGGGGCGGUGAAGCAGGACUCAGCCACUGCUACCGCGGGAACGUGGCAGCCCCUUUUGGUGACCAGCUACACUGCCAAUGAGGCAGCAGGCGCCGUGUCCCACCGGGAGGGGCUCUGGAUGGACCCUCUGGAGGGCAGGAGGGUCCCAGCCGAGGAGGGUGGGACGUGGAGACUGUGCGGGCGCCCCCUGGCGGCCGGGCCACCGCCGCGCCCCAGUGUGCCUGCUGCCCUCCUUGGUGCCCACGUGUCCUCGCCCCCAGCCUCACGCGUGAACUCCCUGCGAACCGCCCUGUUCCUCUGGGGAGGUCAGGGCAGACACCCACCCGGGCCCUGCCACGUGCAGUGAGUGCUCUGAGCGGCUGUCGAGGGCUGCUGGCUCCGACGCGCCGGGGAACCCUCGGGGACGCGGGGUCAAGAGGGGCAAAAUCACUCCGGAACGACGGGGCCGCCAUCCGCCCUGCACUGCGCGGGGCCGCGCACACUUCUGCCCCGGUCGGCUUGCGUGGACGCGGCCCUUCCUCGGGCCUUUCCUCAGGCCCAGCACGUUUGUGGUGACGUCCACCAGCACGGGGGACAGAGACCCCCUCACGAGUCCCCGUCGGCCCCGCGCGAGCCCCUGCGUGCACAGCCGCAGCGCUCAUUUCAGGGGACAGGGCUGCGCCCCCCCCACACUGUCGCCUUCCUAACGUCCAGACGCUCAGUCCCGAGCGGGGGGGGGGUCCCGCGUGGGGGUGGCGGGGGAGGGAGGGAGGGAGGGCGCCUCCGUGUCCCGCCCGGAGCCGCUCCUGCAGGUGAGCCGGCGGGGGACCCCGCACCCAAAGGCCGCUAAGGCCGGGGUCCUCGUGGGUCCCGCGGAGCCGGCAGACGGUGCGGCGCACGCUCCCCCGGACCCCGUCCAUGCACCGCCCCCGGCGUCUAAGGCUGUCAGGUCAAGACAGGAGCCACCGUCCCCCGAGACGCCAGGGCGGAAGCCUCGGGUCGCUGGUUCGAAGCUCCCCGGCCCGCGUUCGGGCCCGCGUCGUUGGCCCCCGUCCAGAUUCCUGGUUUGGAAGGAUCACCCGGGACGCUUCCCGAGCCUCCUCCGUGACUCUCGCCGAGAGAUGCUGGAGGGCCAGAGACGACGAUGAAGGAGUCGCCGGAAGUCCCGCGGUCCAGUCGGGUGGAGGCUCGCCCGAGCCCACCGGGCCCUGGAGUCCGAGGUCCGCGCAGCAGGGGGAGCUGGGCGCUCGGCCGCGGCCGCGGAACGCUCGCCUGGGUUCCCGGCGGCGGGGCUUGGCCUCCCUCCGCAGGUCGGUUACAGAGAACGCCGGCUCAGCCGCCCCCGGUAUGGGGCCAUCCCUCUCCCUCUCGGGAUUAAUGCCUGGAGGGGCCCCACCGCCCCGCUUCUGCCACUUCCGGCCCCCACCCGGUGGUUGGCGGUCCCAGCCGGCGGCAGUUCUCAGUCAGGUCCGCAGCCUGGUGGUAACUGCGCCAGGUGCAAGGCACGCCCCGCGGUGGCUGUAACUUGCAUUGCUUCAGCAGAGUUUUUCAGGGGACCGGAGCAGCGGGGCUGCCUGGGGGGUGAGGACUGAGGAAUUCCGACACAGCCCCCACGGUUACCCUUCUUGCAGGAUGGGCGCCAGGCCUCAUCCUCUUGGCUAAAGCUGAGGAAACCAGACCUUUUUUCUGGCUCCUACCGUGGCCUGAGCGAGUGCCUGCCUUCCUCCUGGCCUUCCGAAUGCUCUCCAUCUUGCCCACCUUCCAAGGAGCCCUUCAGAGGCUACAGGGAAUAAAAAGUCUUGGAGGCUGAGGGAGAGAGCGCUUGCCUAGCCUCGAGGUUGGAAAUCUCUCUUCUCUCCCCCACUGGCUGCAGAUGCAGAAGACCCAGAUCCGGGUUUGGUUCCCAGCACCCACGUGAAGGCUCACAACUGUCUGUAACUCUAGUUCCCUGAUACCUCUGACUUCUUUGGACACUAGGCAUACACAUAAGUAGGAAUAAAUAUAUUUUUUUAAUUAACUUCGUGGGCUGGUCAGAAGCUAAGAGCACUGGUUCUUCCAGAGGUCCUGAGUUCAGUUCCCAGCAACCACCUGGUGUGGCUCACGACCAUCUAUAAUGAGAUCUGGUGCCCUCUUCUGACAGGCAGGCGGAACAGUGUAUACAUAAUAAAUAAACACAUCUUUACAAAACCCGGCCUCGUUGGGGCACCAUCAGCUUACGACAUGCGUUCCUGGGAGGGAGGAUGAGGCGUGUCGCGGCCCGUGGCCGGUUGUAAUAAGUGUUCUUUGCUGGGUGUGUCAUCGUGUAAAUUUCCCUAUUUUAAUUUUUUCCUUCUUCCCGAUGAUGCCCUCAGUGCGGUGCAGAGGCUGUGGCAACUAACCACACAACGCUGCCCGCUCUGCUCAGUAAAUACUUCAGGCUUUGAGACCUUUCCAGCGGAGCCCUGCCGCCUCGGACAAGCCCGAAGCGGACAGGCCGGCCCGGAGCCGACACGAUGUGAUUGCAGAUGGCUUUUCUUCUACCUCCAAUCAUUUGAAAAUGCCGAAAGGCUUCUGAGCUCCCGGGCCGCGAGGGCCGACCGGUUGCGGCUUGCCAACACCUGAUCUCCGACUGCGGAGUGUGAGUGUGGACUAUGCCCUUCCUCUGCUCUGACAAAACGCCGGGCGGAAGCCCUUUAAGGCACGGUUUACUUCCUAACGCGAGGGAGCCGUCUGUCCGUCUGUCCGUCUGUGUGGCGGGAGUGUGAGGCAGCUGGCUGCACUGUG